AUGGCGUCCAAGAAUGUUGACGGUCAAGAAAAAAUGUCAUGGCCUCCAAGACAUGAGACAAUAUUCAUACAUAUAUUGCAUGAACAUGUGAAGAAGGGUGACUUGCAGACAUCAACUUUUAAAAUGAAAGUUUGGGCAGAAAUAAGUGAUGAGUUGUAUGCACAAUGUGGACAAAAAUGUACUAUUCCACAACUUAAAUCUAAGUUUAAUAGGCUGCGAAUAGUACAUCGUGACUUCUCAGAUUUGAUUGAGCAUACGGGAUUUGGGUGGGAUCCUGUUGCAAACACAGUGACUGCCUCAGAGGAUGUUUGGGCAAGUUACUUGAAGAGUAAGCCAAAAGCGAAGCAAUUUCGCACGCAAGGCUUAGAGCACUAUCAAAUUUUAGGGGAGAUAUUCAACACUACUACUGCAACCGGGCAAUUGCAUUAUGCCUCUAGUCAACUUCCUCCUAACUCAGAUGAUGAACGUGAGUUAGAAAACAACUUCCUUAACACCGGAGUUCACAUCGAUGUUGACUUGGAUGAUGAUGGUGACAACCCUCAGCUUGUGAGUGGUAAAGGAAAAAGAAAGUGUGCAACUACUGCUCCACCUGAGCGUCGUCCAAAGAAAUGGGAUAAAAUGGAAUCUUAUUUGGAUGUUUGCAGUGAAGUUAUGAGUCAAAAAUUACAACGAGAAAAGGAAAAGAGUCUUGAGGCAUCUAGCACCUCUAAGGAGAUGUAUUCGAUUGAAGAAUGCAUAGGCAUUGUUGAGACAAUGGGAGACGUUGAUAACGAUACAUUCAACAAGAUGCUAGAAAAGAUAGUGCUUAUUGAAUGGAGGAAAAUCUUUGUUACAAUGCCAGCAGCAAGGAGGAGAGCUUGGAUUUAUGACUCGUUUCGUAUGGACAAACAUGUAUUCCAAAGGUUGUGUUACACACUUGAGAGUUUAAAUUUGCUACAGAAUGAUAGAAAUGUGAGUACUCAAGAGGCAGUGGCAAUUUUCUUAUUUAUAGUGUCUCAUAGUAUUCGCAUGCGAGUGGCUGCUGAGCGUUUCCAACGAUCUAAAGACACUAUUCAUAGACAAUUUAAGCGUGUUUUGGGAGCUUUAUGUGCGUUAGCACCACGCAUUAUAAGACCACAAAGUCGAGGGGAAACACCUUCUCAAAUUUUGACUAACCCAAAGUAUUAUCCUUAUUUUGAGAAGUGUAUUGGUGCAAUUGAUGGAACUCAUGUUGCUGCUUGGGCACCAGCUCAAAAGCAAACCUCAUAUCGUGGUAGGAAGAUCCUUAUUACUCAAAAUGUCAUGUGCGCUUGCUCUUUUGACAUGAUGUUCACUUUUGUUUAUACGGGUUGGGAAGGGACUGCAAAUGACUCUAGGGUGUUCAUAGAUGCAGUGAUGAGGCCAGAAAAUGAGUUUCCUUUUCCAGAUGAAGGGUAUUACUAUGUUGUGGAUGCUGGAUAUUCAAACGUGCCUGGAUUCUUGGCACCAUACCGAGGUGAGAGAUAUCAUUUGCGUGAUUAUAGAGGACCUCAACGAGCACCAAGGGGUCCUAUGGAGUUGUUCAACUAUAGGCAUUCCUCAUUACGUAAUGUAAUUGAGCGGUGUUUUGGUGUUUUGAAAGCUCGCUUUCCAAUUUUGAAAUUGAUGCCUAAUUAUCCUCCGAGAAGGCAACGACGAAUUCCUAUUGCAUGUUGUGUGUUACAUAAUUUUAUAAGAAAAGAAGCUCGUCGUGAUAGGAUGUUUGAAGAGUUUCAAGUUGAAGACAUGAUCAUUGAUUCAGAAAAUACAACAACACCGAAUAUAGAUAUGUCUGCAGGAAAUAUUGCACAAAUGGGUGACAUUAGAGACAAGAUCGCAGCGGAUUUGUGGCGGGAUUUUAUUUAG